ACUCGAUCGCGGGAGCUGUGUGCGCCGCGGUGAGGAGAGACAUGGGUCAGGCGACCAAGGUUUUACAGCUCUUUAAAACAUUACACAGGACCAGACAACGGGUUUUUAAAAAUGAUACCAGAGCAUUAGAAGCAGCCAGAAUAAAGAUAAAUGAAGAAUUCAAAAGUAAUAAAAGUGAAACUUCUCCCAAGAAAAUAGAAGAGUUAAUAAAAAUGGGUUCCGAUGUUGAAUUGUUGCUCAGAACAUCUGUUAUACAAGCUAUUCACACAGACCACAAUACACUGAGAUUGGUCCCUAGGAGAGAGCUCCUUAUAGAAAAUGUGCCAUAUUGUGAUGCACCAACUCAGAAGCAAUGAGUUUUCUAGGAUAAAAUCAAGUCUUUUAGUUUUUAAUCCUAAAUAUAUAACUGUGGCAAUGAAAGUUUUGGAAAUGCAAGUAUUUCAGAACCAGCCUAUUGAAAGUGAAUGAAUUAAAGUACCAUUUCAUAAUUAAAUUUCACACUAAAAGAACAUUGCUGAAAACUGCAGAACAUAGUUAAAUAUUUUUAGACAGCUUUAAAUAAGACAUGUCGUUUGCUUUGAAAAUCAAACUUUAUAAACUAAAAUAAAUGCUUAGGAGAUAUGUCCUAUUCAUUUCUCUAUGACCUUGAUGAGUAUUUUGGUUUUAACAUAACUAAGAAUGCAGUGAUUUGACAAGUUGGUGGAUUUUCCUCCCAUGUAAAAUGAAACUAUUAUAUUAAAAUUGUUAGAUUAGGGGUGUCUGGAUUGUUCAUUUGGUUGGGUUUCUACCUUCAGCUUGAGUCA